GGCACCACUGGAGAAGGCAAGUUGCGGGCGCUGAAAAAGCCUCGGCGGGCUAGCGGACUGGCACUUGCUUCCCGUCGUCGCCCCUCCAGGAUGCUAGAUUUGGAUUACGCGCAGCCUGAUGGAUCCCAAUAUGGCUAUGUGUUCCCCAGCGGAUUUAUCAGUGAUUUGGACUCUUACAAGCAAGAACCCACAUUUCCUCCCUGUCUUGGAGAUCCGGAGAGCUCCCCAGAGUCUUGUAUGAACUGGCUAGAGAUGCAAGAACCUGGAUAUGAACCCUUCGAGAUAGGACACCUGGCUCAACUGCAGAAUGUCCAAGUCUCCUACCCGCCUGGCACUUACCCUCAAGCACAACUCUCUUUAGAACCAAUCUACAACCAUGAGGGAAUGAUGCCUGCCCAGAAUUCAGCUAUGGUAUUCAAGGACGAAUACAACACUGAGAUCUAUCUGCCAUAUGAACAAUAUUCUACUCCAAGGGAAAUAUGUAGCCCAUUGUCAGAAGAGGGGGAAUUUCACAAGGAUGGCCGGAAUCUGGAAGUAUCUUCUGAGAGUGAUUUGGAUGAGAAUCUCUUGUCUAGGUUUGAUUCUGGCUGUCGCCGGAAACUCCGCCUCUACCAGUUUUUGCUGGAGCUCCUUGAAGGUGGUGACAUGAAAGAAUGUGUGUGGUGGGUGCAACGUGAUGCGGGCAUCUUCCAGUUCUCUUCAAAGCACAAGGAGCUUCUGGCACACCGUUGGGGCCAACAGAAAGGCAAUCGCAAGAAAAUGACCUACCAAAAAAUGGCCCGAGCUCUGCGCAACUAUGGCAAAACAGGCGAGAUCCGCAAGGUGAAGAAGAAGCUCACGUACCAAUUUGGGACCUCACUGCUGAGCCCAUCACCUUCUUCCUAAAGCCCUCAGGACCCCUGGGCCAGAAUAGCCUCCAAUGAAAUGCUUCCUUUGUUGGCUUUCUUGAAAACUCUAAUUGGGCAUUUGCCAGCAUGGCUGUAUUAGAGAACCUGCCAGAUGCUUUGCACUAAGCAAGGAGGGUGGAUCUGAAGGCAAUGAGGGCUUUUAUUGGGUGGGGGUGGGGGUUCUGCACUUUAAGGGAAGGUUUAUGAAUCAGAACUUGGAAGGUUUCCUUUUUGCGAUGGGAAAAUGAGGUACAGCUGAAAUGCAUGAGGCUGGGAUUCCUGGAUUGAUCUUUCCUGGAUGGUUUGAGAAUUAGAGUUCAUAUCAACUCUUGGGGAUCCUUGGUGGAAUGAAAAAGAGAUGAGACAGCAGCAGAGCUGCUAAAUUAUUUUUGAGUAUGGCCUUAAUGGAUUUAUGGCUCCUCCCUAAAAUAUUAGUGGUGUCUCCCUACAAUUGCACAGGACUUAAUCCAAUGCUUAUCUUAUUCUCUUGCCAUUACAUGCCUUACUGUUUCAUCAACAUGAAUGACCUCUGGAGCAAGUAGGAAAAUUGUGCAGAGCAUAGUUCUGGAACUCUUUCCAAUCUCUUAAUAGCUACUCCACUCAUAUGAUCAGGAAGUAAGAGUGGACGAAUCAGCCACUGUCUGAGCUGCUGCCCAGAUUCAACCCAUUUUUUAUCUUUCUUUUGCCAGCUUCCUUCCUCAUACCAAAUUUGGUUCUGUUCAGUUUCCAGAGAAUAAUCUAGAAAGACAGUUGGUUAGAAUCCUUUAAAACACCUAGACAGUUUCUUUAAGUAACAAACAAUUGGUAAAGAGAGGCAUCAUCCCACAAGUGCUGGUCUGAAAAAGUACCCAUCUCUUGUACUUAGACCCCACAAAUACUCUGGAAGCAAACCAAAGGCAGAUAUGCAGUUUUGGAUUUAUAUGAAUUCUCUGGGUUAAUAUGACCCUCUAUGGUAGUUCCACAAAAGCAGUUUGAAAACAACUCCAAACACUUUUGCAAUGUUGACAAUGUCAGAGAACUGCGCUAAUUAGUUUCCAAUUCAUCACUGGUAUAAGUAGUCCUUGGCUAAUGACAACAAUUAGGUCUGGAGUCGCUAAGUAAAGCAGUUUCUAUUGUUCAGCAAAGACCAUGUGAGUUGUUGAACAAUAACCUCAUGUGACCACAACUUCUGACUUCCUGCCAGCUUCAUUACUUAAUUUACUUGUAAGUAGUCGGUAGAGAACUUUGGAAAUCAUGAUCACAUGACUGUGGGGAUACUGUGAUCUUUACAGACUACUAUAAGUUUAUACUACUAUACAGUAGUAUAGUAGUAUACUACUAUACUACUUUACAGACUACUAUAAGUUGUUCAGCCCUGUCCCAAGCUUGAAUGUUCUCUGAACCAAUGGUCAUAACCCGAGGAACAUCUGAACCUUGACUUUGAUAACUUUGUACCCCCCUCUCGGUCUUUUCAGUUUCUUCUUUCAGCAAGAAAUAAUUUAUGGGUUGCCAGUUUCCCUUUCUGUACUUGAAAUACAGUAAAUGGAUAUUUGUUGCUUGGAGGAAGUUACUUCUCUCUGAAUGUUGAAGUCCGUGCACCUUAAAAUUGCCAAGGUUGAAAAUUAGUGCUAUAGGGUCAGCAAAUUUUGGAUCAGGGCAAUGAUCUUUACUUCUGGUUCAUCUGUUGGUAGAAGCAAUCACUUACAAAUUGCUUCUAAAGCCUGGGAAAUGGAAACAGUGGGGAUGUGGAAAUGGCCUGAUUUAGAAUCAUUUGAGCAUCAUGGUGGGAAGGAAGCAGAUUAUUCAUGUCCGUGAGACUUUCUAUUAGUCUUUCCUCUUGGGAGCCAAGACAGAUUCACCACUUUUGAUAAGUCAUGUUUUGUUUAGCCACAGUUUGCUGUCUUAACUAAAAUUGGUUGUGUAACCAAAUUACUGUGGUUUGUUGAGUUACAGCUAAUGAAGUUGUGCAACUCCAGUUUUGUGGGCUGGCCUUUUGUAACUGGAGGAAACACAAGAUGAGGCCCAUAGGGCUUGGAUCUAACAACAGUCAGGAUAAACAUGAGGAAGCUUUCAGGAGGGAGGGAUAUAAUAGAUCUUCAAAUAGUAGAAAAAAGAUAAUAUUGA